AUGUCGCCAACCACCCCAUUAGAGCAGACGUUCCAGUCGCUUCUCGCGUCGCGGCAGUCGCGCUCGCUGCGCCGGCAACUCACCCUCCCCCCGCCCGACAGCAUCGACUUCAGCUCCAACGACUACCUGUCCCUGCGGACCUCGGCCGCCAUUCGGACCGCGUACCUGGCCGAGCUCAACUCGCCGCAGCCCUUCCCCUCGGUCCCAGGCAGUGACAACAGCACCACCAACACGCCGCCCCCCCUCUUCCCCCUCGGCAGCGGCGGCUCCCGCCUCCUCGACGGCAACAGCGCCUACGCGCUCAGCCUCGAAAGCAGCAUCGCAGCAUUCCACCGCGCCCACUCCGGCCUGCUCUUCACGACGGGCUUCGACGCGAACGUCGGGCUGCUGAGCAGCGCGCCGCAGCCGGGCGACGUGGUCGUGUACGACGCGCUGGUGCACGCAAGCAUGCACGACGGGAUGCGGCUAUCACGAGCCGGGGCACGGAUUCCGUUCGGGCACAACGACGCGGGGGCGCUGCGGAGCGUGCUGGAGGGGCUGGUGGCGCGCGACGAGAAGGUGCGGACGGGCGAACGGAACGUCUUCGUGGCCGUAGAGAGCGUGUAUAGCAUGGAUGGGGAUGUGGCGCCGUUGGCGGCGAUGGUGGAGGCUGUGGAAGCGGUGUUGGCAGGGGGAAAUGGCUAUGUCGUUGUGGAUGAGGCGCAUGCGACGGGGGUGUGCGGGGCUAGGGGGAGGGGGCUCGUGUGCGCGCUCGGGUUGGAGAGGAGGGUGUUUGCAAGGGUGCAUACGUUUGGGAAGGCCAUGGGGUGUGCGGGCGCAAUCGUCCUCGCCUCCCCCCUCACCCGCGACUACCUGAUCAACUACGCCCGCACCCUCAUCUACACGACCGCGCCGCCCUUCCCCCUGCUCGCCAACAUCCGCGUCGUCUACGACUACCUGGCACGAGGCGACGCCGACGCCUCCAUCCACCACCUCCACACCCUUUACCACGCCCUCCACGCCCAGCUAACCCAUCUCAUCGCAUCCCUCCCCGCAACCAACCCCCCUCUCCUCUCUCUCGUAUCGCCUCUUUCCCUUACCCCCUCUAACCCUAUUGCCCCAGCACCAACACCCAUUCUCCCCAUCUACACGCCACACCCCCGGUCCCUAGCCUCGCACUGCCAGCGCCAGGGCUACAUGGUGCGGCCCGUCGUGCCGCCGACUGUGCCGGCUGGCGCGGCAAGAGUGCGCGUGUGCUUGCAUGCAGGGAACACGGGGGCGGAAGUCAGGGGGCUGGUGGGGUGCGUACGGGGGUGGGUUGGGGGUGUGUUGAAGGAAGGGGAAAGGGCGAUGCUGUAGAGUGGUUAUGUGUGUACAUCUAGGGAACAGUCUGUCUAUCUUUGUGUGCUUUGCUAGACGGGGCGUGGGAGUAGUUAGUUACGUCGCGAGUGCGUGCGGUUUGGCUGUCUGUACACAGUGCGUCUACCCG